GUGAAGGAAAUGUAGCAUGUGUAUAUUGGCAGCCUGAUAUCUAGACGUUAUAUGUUCAGUUACCGCGCAUGUGCGAAAAGAGAACCUAGAGAAGUCUCGGAAGGAAAAGAGGCCACAACAUAACCUUUGAAUUCUAACCUAGUCAUUUUAUGUUCGCCACAUGUUUUAUAACGUGAAUUUGAGAUUUAAUUGAAGACUGUGUAUAUUUAUGAAAGAAGAAAACGAAGAGGGUCUAAAGACGACAUUUUUUCCAAGAAAAUCAUGACAAUCUCGGAAUUCACGUAAUUUCGACAAUUAUAAUCGAUAUCAGUCUAGUGUUUCACUGUAAGAAUAUAGCGAGACUACAAAAUGUCGCGAAUAACAGAAGUAAUCUUGACGAGUGAUACUACUGGAGAAAGUUGGAGUGCCGCGAUAUGGGAUCCACGGAAUGGUUCUAUGUUAUCUGUAUUUAAAAACGCGUCAGCGCUCGGCCAUCGCACUCUUCAGCUUUUGAGCGAUAGCUACAUAUUGGGCGCCAGUGCCACGAAAUCGCGUUUAUACAUCUGGCCGCUAAACAGCCCAUCACCCUUGUCCAAUAUCCACCUAACUACAACGGGUAAAAUGAAUGCCCUGACUUGCACACCGAACGGCUCCUACAUAAUCGCCUCGGUGGACGAAAAAAUAUUCAUCUGGCAGACCUGCAACGGCAGAAUGCUGGCCAAUCUAGUACGGCAUUAUCAGACUAUUAACUGUUUGGCAAUCACGAAGGACGGUUCAUUUUUCGCUAGCGCCGGCGAGGAUGGUUACGUGUUCGUAUGGUCUCUCUAUAAAGUGUUGAACGCUAAUAAGCAUGACCGUUUACCCGUUUAUACCUUCAGUCAUCAUACUAUGCCAAUCAAAGAUAUGCUCUUUGGUUUUGGCGGCGCUCGCGCAAGAUUAUACACGGUUUCGUUGGAUGCAAAAUGUAACAUCUAUGAGCUCGGCAGCGGAGAUCUUCUGCUUUCAUUGAUAUUUGACGUGCCGCUUACAGCGAUCACCGUGAAUUCCCGCGAAAGCGAAUUCUUUGUAGGUUGCACGACCGGUGAUAUAUUCCAAUGUAAUCUGCACGAACCGCCACGCGAAAUCGUGCUACACGUGAAGAAUGAGGAGACAGCUGUGUUCAGAGCUCACAAGUCGCACGUCACCGCCCUGUCGGUAUCCGUAGACUGUCGCACUCUGCUGUCUGGAUCUACCGAUGGAGCCGUCCAUAUCUGGGACAUUGUCAGUCGGCAGGUGCUCAGAACGAUUGAGCACAAGGGGCCAGUUACCGCCGCAUUCUUCACGAAGGGAUUUGAAAAUUUUCGCGCCUCUACCCUCGAACCGCGCUUGGAGGUGCAUAGUCUGGAGAGGGUGUCGGAAACUAAUGACAAUGAAUCGAACGACGUUAUCAAAGUUAUUUCCAGAGGACGAAAUCCGGCAGAAAUUCUGGACUUUCAAUCGUAUGUGGGAAAUACCGUUGAUUCUUCAGAACAGGAAAAGUUGAUAAAGCAAUUGACAGAUUUGAAGGAAGAGAUUAACAAGUUGGAAAAGAUCAACACUAGCCUAUUUAAGUAUAGCGUCACGCAUAUCCUGCAAGAAACGAACGAUGAAUGAUGGACAAUAUUAGAAAUAUAAUAAAGAUUUUAUCUAUCUUUGAAAUAGACGGAAAAUUUAAUUAUAUCUUAUAGGAUUAAAAAAUAUACAAUGCAAAAAAGAAAGAUAAAGAGAGGUAUUAGAUACCAUUUUUUUCUUUAUAUGAAAAUAUGUAUUAUGUUAUUGAAAGAUAACACAAUUUUUUACAAAUCAUAAAAAUAUAAUUACGAA